CAUCUUUGCUUUUUGCAUUAAAACCACUUCUCUUUUUCCUCACACCUGGGUCCUUCAUCAACAAUCAUAAUCACCUUUCCUCGAACACUUCAUCAUGCCUGAAUCUGACAAGCCUCGUCAGUCGGUCAAGCGUCAGCUCAAACCCGCUCCCCAACGCCCUGGCCAAGAUGUGCAUUGUCCACGAUUCAAAUCAGAGGUCCACUUUGUGAUUCCGGGAUCGAUGCCAGAAAUCGAAAUUCUUCGCAUUCGAACCACGGAUGUUUCUCAGCCUUUCCUGGACCCAAAUUCGAUGCAACAGUCAUGAUGCCUUUUAUUACAGGAGAUGCGUUAUUCAAACUUGGCUGAUACAUAAUUGAUACCCUCUCACAAAUCUGAAAGCGUAUGUUUCCAAUCUAGACCCUGCAUUUCUGUUUCGGGCCCAAGUCAUGGACCCUGGCCUGGUGGACAUCAAAAGCCAACAAUAUUUCAAGGCGAGGCGGGAAAUACCCGUGAGUGAUC